AUGUCUGUUUUCACCAGUCUGCAAGCAAAUCCUGAGGGCUCUCUUACAAAAGAUAUUAGAGAUAACCAACAACUAUUGGUAAGAAGCAAGUCUUCGGGGCUACAUGAUCCCCAUGAAAUUUGUGGAAACUCUCCUACCGAACAUGUCUCACCCCAUCUAAUCCCUCUUAAAUCGGUGAUCGGUGAGGAACACUCUAACGACAAAGUCAAAUGGAUUUCUGGUGUUGUGGAGUCAGCGAAGAGACGAUUUGGCAGAAUUCCUCGUGGAGGAUGGAGACUUAUUGCCGAAUGUUUCAACGUCCGCUUUCUCACUCAAAAGAGUGUCUCUGAUGUGAAAAACUUACUGAAUGUAAAGCCCUGCUCUAAUGGCUGUGGCAGUCGAAAUAAUGUGGAUACCUCAGAUUACUUAUUGCCAAAGACAGAAAUCUCCAUUUAUGGUAAAUGCAAGGAAGAGUUUAAUCUCCAAAUUCAGGAACUUAAGUCAAUCCCACGAAAUGCGAGAAUGCCCACAAAGAAGAUUCCGUAUAAAUUGCUAAAGACUGAUGUUCUUGUCGCAAUUAAUGCAGUGAUUUCGAACUAUAUAUUAUCUUCUCCGCCUGCAAGCAUAAAUGAAAUCACGGAUAUAAUUUAUGCCGGGCAAUGCUCAUAUGAAAACAUUACGAGGCAAUCCCUAACAAAAAGCACAUGGCUUGAGGAUACGGAAAGAAAGAUUUCCAAACUUAGAGAAAAUCUAACUUUCGUUAAUAAGUUUAAUGGCCAGCAAUCUAAAGACGAAAAAGAGAAGACACUGAACAUUUUAUGCUCGUUUGGAUACAAAAAAUCCAGAAAGGGAGAGCUGGCACGUGUAUCUAGUCUUAUUGAAGAUAGAGUCAAAAUUAUGGAGAAAAAAAUCUCAACCUAUCGCUCCAGAAAGUCGUUUAGACAAGAUAAUUUCUGUUUUGAACUAAACAGGAGAAGAUUCUAUCGAAGACUGAACUGUGAAAACAAAGAUUCUGAUUGUCAAGUCCCAGAAGAUAAGUGUCUAUCUUUCUGGAAGGGCGUAUGGAAGAAAGAGGAGAACCGUGCUCCUAAAGCUAUUGUUGGUAAGCAUAUUACUGGAGCUGAACAGCUUCCAAGUGACGUGAAAACUGAUUUUAUCAAGAAUGUUAUCCAGUGUGUACCCAAUUGGAAAGCCGCGGGUUGUGACGGAGUUUAUGGAUUCUUUAUCAAAAAGUUCGAAGCUCUUCAUGGCCAUUUGUGCGAUGAGAUCCUUAAAAUUGUGAAUGGAGGCUAUUCCCCUGCUGAGUGGUUUUACACAGGAGUAACAUACCUCAUUCCAAAAAAUGAAAAGUGCCAUUCCCCAAAUGACUUAAGGCCGAUUACCUGCAUGCCUAUAUUGUACAAACUUGUCACUAAAUGUGUGAAUACAAAGCUUACAGACUAUAUCGAAGCGUUUAACCUUAUCUCGGAUAAUCAGCUGGGAGCUAGAAGGCAAUGCCAAGGCGCAAAGGAACAAGCACUAAUAAACCAGUGUGUCAAUAGUGAGUAUGGAAAUAACUUAUUUGCAACGUGGAUCGAUGUCAGAAAGGCAUUUGAUUCUGUCAAUCAUGAAUUCUUAUGUCAAGUGCUUGAUCAGUCUGGAAUUCCGAAUUGGAUCACAAAUUUUGUGAAAACUCUAAUCAAAAAUUGGAAUGUCAUUUUGACACUUAACAAUAAGAGAAUUGGAACUGUAAAAUUGGAAAGAGGAAUCUUACAAGGAGACUCACUCUCCACAACUCUUCACUCUGGUAAUGGAUCCGUUAAGUAG